GCGCGGUACAACCUGGACUGGGCUUGGCUGGGAGUUACCUUGGCCUGAGCUAACUUCCAUUCACUCCAUCCCAUCCCAAAAAAUUCCUCAAAUACAUAAUCGCGCCCUCUCCCACGCUCGUCUCUUACUAUAACCCUUCCCCCUCCUUCUUCUUCUUCUUCUCAACCCAAUUGCAUUGCAUCUUCGUCAUCUCUCAUCUUAGCAAGCACGCUCUUCACUCUUCGAUCUCAUCAACGUCUACCGAGCUAUCCCGACCAACCCCCCAAACAACCGUCACAAUGUUCUCUGCUACUCGAGCCCUCCGACAGGCUGCUGUCCACGCUGAGCGUACUCCUCUCAUCAAAUUCCUCGGUCCCCGAACCAUUCCUUCCAACGUCGACCACACCCCCAAGCCUCACCCUGCCUCCGGAGUCGAGAAGCUCCCCGAGUCCUGGUCCGGCUACGGAAACGGCGAUGCUGCUACCACCCACAAGUCUUUCAGCUCCUACCGCGACCACGUCCAGCAGCACGGUCCUCUCCAGAAGUCUGGCUUCGGCGGAACCCCCGCUGCCUCCCUUGGCUCCGUCAAGCCCCCUCAGGGCGUUGCCUUUGACGUCUCUGAACUUCCCACUCGCUUCCACCGCGCUCCCCUCAACGCCGCUGAGAUCGAGGCUAUCGAGUCCGGCGGCGCUGCUCUCUUCGGUUAAAUAUGUCUCCCGCCACAGGCGAGGAGUUAUAGGUGGAGCGGUGGGAUGAAAAAAAAAAGACGGGAUGAACGAAUGAAUACCUACGAUGACGCGCAGAUUAUGACGAGAGCCAGGAUCUACUGUCUGGAGCAUAUAUCCUGCACGACAUAGUAUACGGGGACGCCGAGUGACCAUGCACAUAGUGAUCAACUUCACUGUGCAUUUCAGGGAGGGGUACGCAAACCCAUCCCAUCGAGACAUGCAGAACAGGACGAUGCUUCCAACUGCAGUUCACUUCGAGAAACCACUUAGGGCACUACGGUACUAUGCCGCCAGGAGCGUCAUAUGAAACGAGGGGCUAGUAUAUGCACCACGAAAGAGGGAGAAAACGGGAAAAAGCAAAUAAGUCGGGUUUUUACAUAGAGAAUACCCCCCCGGCUGCGGAGAACGUUGCGACCUCCGUGCUUUUUGUUCUCGACUGGCGUCAACGCCAUUUCUUUCUGUAUAGUUGGAGACCUGCCUGCGAAGCUUUAACAGCAAGCAAGAGGCACCACGGCGUUGAACAAAGGAGUUGUUUUUGGUAGAAAUUGUGAAUACCAGAAAAAAAGUCUAUACUAUUACAUCUACGUUUACCCGUGAUAUGUCUUUACCGUGAUGUCUCGCCAUGUUUUUAGAGUGUCAUGACAAGUAUGCAACAUGACAUGCCACUCGCCCUGGUCAACAGGCGUUGUACAAUCCUUGGCACCUGUAGAGCCCGUCUUCUCACGAACUAUUCUCUUGGUUUAUUUCUAGGGGGUUUCCAGUCAGCUCAUACCCGACCCCGGCUCUUCCACUUCUGCCUCACCUCUACCGGGACCUGAAAGAUUUACAGUUUCGUAGUGUCCGCCGGCGUCUACUUUAGAAGUCAAUUGAGGCUCCGUUUUCCUUCUCUUUCUGGGGAAAUACAUGCACGAUUCAGUUCCCGGUUCCGGCUCCGGCACCGGGAUUCUCAUGAGUACUUAACGUCAAAAAAAAACCGAACUCCACAUGGAGAAUUGGAGAAGGAUGGAAUUGAUGAAUGACGAUGCUUGACUCCAUAAU